UGCAGUGUAAUCCGCUAGUUAAUGGUGACAGCGACACGAGCGUUUUUAACCGAUCUAUGCAGGGCAUCGGACACUGUGGAACAUAUUUCAGCAGAGCCCGUGUGUGUUUAAACGCGUGGUGUGUUUUAAGAGGUGUCUGAACAGCGGCCAGGCCGGACUCAGGCAAAUGGGAUUCCCGGUGUAGAUGGAGAGAACGCAAGCGGGCGGAGAAGUGUCGCUGCUGUAAAUAAUUCAAUAUUGGCGCGUUCAACGAAAAUGCAUCUGCACCAGGUGCUGACGGGGGCCGUUAACCCGGGGGACUGCUGCUACUCCGUUGGAAGCGUCCACGACGUCCCGUUCACGGCGUAUGGUUCAGGCUGUGAUAUUGUGAUCCUCGCAAGUGAUUUUGAGUGUGUUCAGAUCAUUCCUGGAGCUCAGAACGGGAACAUCCAGGUGGGCUGUGUGGAGUGCUCGCAACAGCUCGGCCGGAUUGCUGCUUCUUAUGGAAAUACAGUGUGUAUUUUCGAACCAAUUGCUUCCAACCCAAACAAGCGUCACAAGCAGCUGAAUUACCAAUGGCAGAAGACCGGUCAAUUCUUCCUCAAUGCUAUAACCUAUAAUCUGGCUUGGGACCCCCAAGGUAAUCGUGUCUUGGCGUCCACUGAGCGUUUGCAGCUGUGGGCUCCUCCCACCAGUGAUGUACUGAUAGAGGAAGAGGACUGUGAGCUGACUGAUGACAGAGCUCAUGAACUCAUACUCAAUGACUGGAAGUGCAUCUGGCAGUUGAAGACCGCUGCUGCUGUCCACAUCACUAAAUGGUCUCCUGAUGGCGAAUACUUUGCCACUGCUGGGAAGGAUGACUGUCUGCUGAAGGUCUGGUAUCCGACCACAGGCUGGAAGUCUGCAGUGGUGAUGCCGGAUGUGACGGAUAAAAAGGCUCCAGCGGUGCAUUUCUCAUUCGUCUAUCUAGCUCAUCCACGUACAGUCACAGGAUUCUCCUGGAGGAAGACCAGUAAAUACAUGCCCAAAGGCUCGGUGUGUAACGUGUUGCUGACGUCCUGUGCAGAUGGCAUCUGUCGUGUGUGGAGCGAGACCCUCCUGCCUGAGGACAGUCUGCUGGGGGGGCAGAUCUCUGACAACAGCACCAGCUUCAGCUCGUCUCUGCCAAACACCGCUCAGAAAGACAAGAUACAGCAUGCUCUGGAGUCUAUCCACCACCUCAAGCACCUGCGCAGGGGCCGCAGAAGAUCGUCUGCAUUGGUGGCACACACCGAAUUGCUGCCCAGCCAGCUUGGCUCCCACGAAACCCACCAGCACAUCUCGCACUACGCUAACGCCCUCUGCCACUUCCACAUCUCUGCCAGCAUCAACCCUAACACAGAUAUCCCCGCAGCGUUGGCCGGAUCGGGCCUCUUCUCUGAGGAUGUCAGUGGAGGGUUUGUGGUUCACUGGCUGAAUAAUAAAGAUCUCAGCUUCACCGCCUCCAUGGAUCUGUUCAUGCAUCAGCUGCGCAAACUCUCCGAGCAGCACCUGGAACAAGCAACCGAAGACUAUGAGCAGGACAUGACGUCCAAGUUUGAUAUUGAUCUGGAAGAUAUGUCUGAUAAGGGCUCGUCAGAGCAUGAGGAGGCGGAUCAGGAGGACAGCACUAAAGCCUCGUCUCCAGGUUCCAGCGGCAGUGUUCCUCUGCCCUCAGUUCUGCUGGAGCGCAAGCUGGAAACUCUCAUCCUGGAGUGGAACAAGAGUCCUGACAUGCUGUUCACCAUCCACCCUCACGACGGCUCCUUCCUCGUCUGGCACGUCAAAUACCUGGACGAGUUUAUACCUGGAAUCUUCAGACAGGUUCAGGUGUCGUUCUCAUGUCGUAUCCCAGUGGCGUUCCCCACAGGUGAUGCUAACUCCCUCAGUAAGAACAUCAUGAUGUACGUGUGCACAUUUACAGAGCAAUACAGCUGCAGCGCUCUGGCGGAAAAGAGAAGUGAGCAGCGUGUUCCUCAGAGUUCGUCUGCAUCCGCCGGGCUCUGCUCUCUUGGACACUCUCUCGCCGCUGUCAUCGGCCCUGCCGUCAUGAUGGUGUCCAAACACGUAGACGGAUCGCUCAACCAAUGGGCCGUCACGUUUGCCGAAAAGUCCGCCUUUUCAAACGUCCUCACUGUCUCGCACAAGUUCCGUUACUGCGGACACCGUUUCCAUCUCAACGAUCUGGCUUGUCACACGGUCCUUCCUUUGCUGCUGACAUCAUCGCAUCACAACGCGCUGUUAACUCCGCCCUCUGGGCCUGGGAGUGUUUACGGAGAUCAGAAUGGGGGCGUGGUUCUGCAACCUGUUCGGUCAAUGAGAGGCGUUCCUCGUAAACAACUGCGGAAUGCAGCUACGCGUACGUUCCAUGACCCAAACGCGAUCUACAGUGAGCUGAUCCUCUGGAGAGUCGAUCACAUCGGCCCACUGUCCUGCAGGGGCGUGUCCGAGCUAGCACGAAUCAAUUCACUCCACACUUCUGCUUUCUCCAACGUGGCCUGGUUGCCAACACUCAUUCCCAGCUCAGUGCUCGGAACGUACUGUAACUCCGCAAGCGCAUGCUUUGUGGCAUCUGAUGGUAAAAACCUGCGUCUGUAUCAGGCUGUGGUUGACGCCCGCAAACUACUGGACGAACUCUCAGACCCAGAGACUUCCAAACUGGUGGGUGAAGUGUUCAACAUUGUCAGUCAGCAGUCCACUGCUCGACCCGGCUGCAUCAUAGAGCUGGAUGUCAUAACAAACCAGUGUGGCUCAAAUACACAGCUGCUCCACGUGUUCCAGGAGGAUUUUAUUCUAGGAUACAAACCGCAUGUAGACAUUCCAGAUUUCAACAUUAAUAGCUUUCCCUCUGCAGAAGAGUACCAACCCCCUCCGUUCUCAGAGAAGUUCUUCCUGGUGGUGAUUGAGAAGGAUGGGAAUCAUAACUCUGUGUUGCAGAUGUGGCAUCUUCAUCUGCGCUCCGAGCAGGCGUGUGUGGAUGAGCCAGUCGUUGACGUCGUGUUCCAGAACCAGCUGACGGUUCCAGCGAGUCGGAACAACGCUGACACAUCUCCUGACAUUACACCGGGUCAUACUCCACUGCCUCACUCCUCUUCUUCAGCCAACCUGCAGUCUGCCAGCAAACUCAUCCUCAGCUCUAAACUUGUCUACAGUCAGCUGCUAGACCUGCCAUCAGGGGUGGAGCUUAUCAGAGCCACACCCUCUGCAGGUCACUUGAGCUCCUCGUCAAUCUACCCUGUAUGUUUGGCUCCGUACCUGAUUGUGACCACCUGUUCUGAUGGCCGUGUCAGGUUCUGGCGCUGUGGGGUUGCCAUUGACUUAACAGCACCCAACCCAGAAGAGACAUGUUCAUACCACUGGGAGCCCUGGAGCCUCUUAAAAGACGAAGAUGACAACGACAGCUCCGUGUCAGUAACGGGCCGCCCUGUCGCGGUCAGCUGCUCCUACACAGGCCGACUUGCAGUGUCAUUCAAACAGAUGUCGCCUGGGAAUGAAAUCGAGGCAGCUCAGGACUUCUCCAUGCUCGUUUCGAUCUACGAGUGCGAGUCGACGGGUGGUUCAGAGUGGGUUCUGGAACAGACCAUUCACCUAGACGAUUUUAGCAAACCUGCGAAAAUGUUGGAUCCAUGUGUUAGCGUCGAUAGCAACUUGGUUGUGUACAGCAAGUCAGAUCUGUUUGUAAACAAAGACAGCCCCAAUAUCAAGCACUUUGUACACCUGGAUUGGCUUUCUAAAGAAGAUGGGUCACACAUCUUGACGGUCGGGGUUGGAUCCAACAUCCUUAUGUAUGGCCGGAUCUCAGGGAUUGUCACCGAGCAGACAGGUGUAAAAUAUGGCAUGGCGGUCACCCUACCUCUAGGGGGCAGUAUAAAGCAGGGCAUUCGCUCUCGCUGGGUGUUGUUGAGGUCCGUAAACCUUGUCUCUUCCGUAGACGGCACCCCGUCACUUCCAGUGUCUCUGUCAUGGGUGCGAGAUGGCAUCCUGGUGGUGGGCAUGGACUGUGAGAUGCAGGUUUACGCACAGUGGAGGCAGGAUGAGAAACCAAGAGACUCUGAGGACAACAGUGUGUCCUCACCAGAUGGCGUUGGCGCUCGCUUUGUUUCUGUGUCAAAUGAGGGUCGAGGGCGAUCUAAGAGUGUCUUCGAGGGCAGUGCGGGAAUUGACGAUGCAUUACUCCCCCCUGCCGUGAUUCAAGAUGGUGGUUUGUUCGAGGCAGCCCAUUCGCUGUCGCCCACCCUGCCACAGUACCACCCCACCCAGCUGCUGGAGUUGAUGGACCUCGGAAAGGUACGACGGGCCAAGGCCAUUUUGGCUCACCUGGUCAAGUGCAUUGCCGGCGAAGUUGCCGUGGUGAGAGAUGUGGAGGCGGGUGAGGGCGGAGCUAGGAGACACCUAUCCCGGACCAUCAGCGUGACAGGCAGCACUGCAAAGGACACUAUCGUUGCCGGGCGAAAUGGUGGGCGAGAUUACACCGAAAUCAACUCAAUCCCGCCGCUUCCGCUAUAUGCCCUGCUGUCUGCGGACCUGGAUACCUCCUACAAAGCAGGAGAGGAGGCGGGAAAAACUGGAAAAGGGGUGGAGCGUGAGGCGCAGAAACAACCAGAGGAACAGUACGCCGAUCUUUUUCAGGUGCCGACCGUGACCACCGACGACUUUGUAAGCUUUGCUGCUGAGAAACCAGAGAAGAAGUCUCGCGUGAUUAACCUGUCGCAGUAUGGCCCCACAUAUUUCGGCCCUGAGCACGCACAGGUGCUGUCUUCGCAUCUCAUGCACUCCAGCCUGCCAGGACUCACACGCCUCGAGCAGAUGUUCCUUGUGGCUCUCGCUGAUACUGUGGCAACCACCAGUGCAGAAGUGGGAUCUACGGAUAAGAAAUACACAGGUGGAGAGGCUCUAGACGAGUGUGGUCUGCGUUACCUGUUGGCCAUGAGGUUACACACCUGUCUGCUUACCUCCCUGCCCCCCCUCUACAGGAUACAGCUACUGCAUCAAGGUGUGUCCACGUGUCACUUUGCGUGGGCAUUUCACUCUGAGGCUGAGGAGGAGAUGCUGAACAUGAUCCCAGCCAUGCAGAGAGGAGAUCCAAUGUGGUCUGAGCUCAAAGCGGUGGGCGUCGGCUGGUGGAUCCGAAACAUUAACACACUCAGACACAUGGUGGAGAAGGUGGCUAAAGCAGCGUUUCAGAGGAAUAAUGAUCCACUGGACGCAGCUCUCUUCUAUCUGGCUAUGAAGAAGAAAGCUGUGCUCUGGGGUCUCUUCAGGUCUCAACACGAAGAGAAGAUGACCCAGUUCUUCAGCCAUAACUUCAGUGAGGAUCGCUGGAGGAAGGCGGCUUUGAAGAACGCUUUCUCUCUCCUGGGAAAACAGCGCUUUGAGCAAUCCGCCGCAUUCUUCCUGCUUGCUGGAUCCCUAAAAGAUGCCAUGGAGGUUUGUCUGGAGAAGAUGGAGGACAUCCAGCUUGCGAUGAUCGUGGCACGUCUGUAUGAAGCCGAUUUCGAGAGCUCCUCCACCUGUAAAGGGGUCUUGUACGAGAAGGUUCUCGGCUGCAACCGAGAUGGUAGCGGCUUCUCCUGUACUAAAUUGCACCCUGACCCGUUCCUGAGGAGCAUUGCUUACUGGAUCAUAAAGGACUACACCAGAGCCCUGGACACACUUCUGGAGCAGAUUCACAAAGAGGAUGACCAGAACCCUGAUGUGCUGGUUAAAUCAUGUAACCCUGUCGUCUUCAGUUUCUAUAACUACUUGCGCGCGCAUCCUCUGAUCAUUCGCCGGCACUUCGCCAACCCCGAGACGUCACUGGCUGCGGUCGGUCUAACAACAGAUUGCAACAGUGCUGACGAAAUCAACCUGAUUGAGCGGAAACUAUUCUUCACCACCGCUAAUGCUCACUUCAAGGUGGGCUGUCCACUCCUGGCCCUCGAAGUCUUAUCCAAGAUCCCCAAGGUCACUAAGAAAGUGUUGUCUCUGAGUAAGGGCUCAUCCGUAGCCAACGUCAGUGCCACCCAACCACAGGAGAAUGGAGGUAAGACGGGAGAUCUGGGCUGGGGCGCUCCUGCCGCACUGAUUCAGACCUGGGGAGCGGACUCUUCCGCCGGGCUGGAAUGGAGUCAGCCAGUGAUUAAAAUGGAGGAUGAAGGGCUACAGCUGGACUGGGGUGAUGAUAAAGAGGAAGAUGAGGAGGAGGAGGAGGUUGGGCUGAUGAUGAAGAAACCAGAGGCAGAAGAGGAGCAGGCCAGAAAGCCGGCUAAAGGCUCGGCGCUGCAGCACGAGGACUCCAUGGGCAAAUCAGAAGUGGACGUGAUCGCAGAACAGCUCAAGUUCAGAGCCUGUUUGAAGAUCCUGAUGACUGAGCUGCGGACACUGGCGACAGGAUACGAGGUGGAUGGUGGGAAACUGCGAUUUCAGCUCUACAACUGGCUGGAGAAGGAGAUUGAGGCCAUUCACCUUAUCUGCAACUAUAAGGUUGAAGCGAAGACAUAUGUAGGUCAGCUGGACAAAUGGGGUGACGAUGUAUCUCUGGAUCUGGAGGACUCUCUGAUCCGAGGCGAUGCAGGAGUGUAUGAAAGACACCAGAUGGAGCGUCGGCGUCUGCAAGCCAAACAGCUGCAUGCGGAGCGGAGGAAAGCCUGGCUGAUGAAGAAUCAGGCCCUGCUAAGAGUCUUCCUCAGUUACUGCAGUCUACACGGGGCCAAGGGUGGAGGAGUGACCUCAGUCAGGAUGGAGCUGCUCUUCCUUCUACAAGAAUCACAGCAGGAAAUGACCGUGAAGCAGCUUCAGUCGCCCCUCCCCCUUCCCACCACUCUGCCCCUGCUGUCGGCCAGCAUUGCCCCCACAAAGACCGUCAUCGCCAACCCCGUCCUGCACCUCGGCAACCACAUACACGACAUUCUCUACACCAUCAUCCAGAUGGAGGCUCCGCCACACCCAGACAUUCUGGACGACCGGGUAAACACUCUACACACUCUUGCUGCAUCUCUUUCAGCUUGUAUCUAUCAGGCGCUGUGUGACAGCCACAGUUACAGCAGUCAGUCGGAGGCCAGUCAGUUCACAGGGAUGGUGUAUCAGGGGCUGUUACUAAGCGACAGACGUCGACUUCGCACAGAGAGCAUCGAGGAACAUGCCACGCCCACCUCCGCCCCGGCACAAUGGCCAGGUGUGUCGUCUCUGAUCAGUCUGUUGGCGUGUGCUCAGGGAGACGAUCACGUGCGUCUGAACGUCAUGUUGUGUGAGGCCGUGGUGGCUGUGUAUCUGAGUCUGUUGAUUCACGGUCUGGGCACACACUCCGGUAAUGAGCUCUUCCGACUGGCUGCUCACCCCCUCAACAACCGCAUGUGGGCCGCCGUGUUCGGGGGCGGAGCCAAAGUCAUCAUCAAGCCCAAGCGACCCGAAAUUGCUCCAGCGGUCCCUCCUCCGACUCCUCCCGCUGAGGAUGUGGACCGGCAGCGCCGCAGGUUUAAUAUGCGCAUGCUGGUUCCAGGACGUCCAGUUAAAGAGACUCCGGCCACCCCUCCGCCUGUCCCUGUGGAGCGGCCCAUCUAUAAGGAGAAGUUCAUCCCACCUGAGCUCAGCAUGUGGGACUACUUUGUGGCCAAACCCUUCCUGCCUCUGUCUGACAGUGGAGCUCUGUAUGAUUCAGAUGAGAGCGGUGCUAGUGAUAAUGAAGAUGACGAUGAUGCCUUCCUCUCUGACACACAGAUGACUGAACACUCUGAUCCAAACUCCUACAGUUGGUCUUUAAUCCGCCUGGUGAUGGUCAAACUUGCCCUGCACAAUGUCAAAACCUUCCUGCCCCUCACAGGACUGGACUUCACUGAACUGCCGGUCACGUCUCCCCUGGCCAAUGCUGUGCUGAAGACACUGGAAAACUGGGAACAGAUUAUCCUAGAGAAGAUGAACAAAUUUGAUGGACCUCCACCAAACUUCAUAAACACCUACCCAACGGACCUGAGUGCAGGUGGGGGGCCGGCUAUACUGCGGCACAAAGCCAUGCUGGAACCAGAAAACACACCGUUCAGGUCAAAACAUCAUCUCUCCUUCCCUGCCCGACGUCUGUGGCAUUUCUUGGUCAAACAGGAAGUGCUUCAGGAGACUUUGAUUCGAUAUAUCUUUACCAAGAAGAGGAAGCAGAGUGAGUCUUUAGAUGAUCAUGUGGAUCACCUCAUACAAACCUGCAUUACUGGAACUAGCAAAAACAACAAGGUGGAGGCUGACAUGGGUUACCCAGGAGGAAAAGCCAAAAUCAUACAUAAAGAAUCAGACAUCAUCAUGGCUUUUGCCAUUAACAAGGCUAACAGCAAUGAAAUAGUGCUGGCGUCCACUCAUGAUGUCCAGGAAGUGGACGUAUCCACCCUGCUAGCAGCUCAGCCUUACACCUGGAUCGGAGAGGAAUUUGACAAGGAGUCUCGCAGUUCUGAUGAUGUGGAUUACCGCUCGUCUCACACUAACAUCGCUCAAGCAAGUGCUGGUCCCUUUGCCCCCCAACAGAUGGCAGCAUCCUCCUCUAUGCCUUGGCUGGGAAGUGGCCAGACCAGCCUGGGUGCCAGUGUGAUCAUGAAGAGGAACCUGAAUAACGUGAAGAGAAUGACGUCUCAUCCCAUCUAUCAGUACUAUAUGACCGGUGCUCAGGACGGCAGUGUGAGGAUGUUUGAGUGGAAUCGUCCGCAGCAGCUCAUCUGUUUCAGACAGGCAGGAAACGCUCGAGUCACACGCCUCUAUUUCAAUUCACAGGGAAACAAGUGUGGUGUUGCUGAUGGCGAGGGCUUUUUGAGCCUCUGGCAAGUCAAUCAAACCUCUUCGAACCCCAAACCAUAUUUGAGCUGGCAGUGUCACGGUAAGAGCUGUGGUGAUUUUGCCUUCAUCACGUCCUCCAGUCUGAUCGCUACCGCAGGACAGUCCAAUGAUGGCAGGAAUGUAUGUUUAUGGGACACUCUGAUCUCUCCAAGUAACUCUGUGAUACAUGCAUUCCAGUGCCAUGAGAAUGGAGCGACAGUUCUUCAGUACGCUCCUAAACAGCAGCUGAUUAUCACAGGUGGCAGGAAGGGAUUCGUCUGUAUCUUUGACAUUCGUCAGAGGCAGCUGCUCCACACGUUCCAGGCUCAUGAUUCAGCCAUCAAAGCGAUGGCCAUGGACUCCACUGAGGACUUCUUCGUCACCGGCUCGGCUGAGGGGAAUAUGAAGGUGUGGAAACUGGCCGGUCACGGCCUCAUGCACUCCUUCAGCACCGAGCACGCUAAACAGUCCAUAUUCCGAAACAUCGGCGCCGGCGUGAUGAAGAUCGAAACCUGUCCAGGUAACCGGAUCUUCACCUGCGGUGCUGACGGGACGCUGAAGAUGCGAGUCCUCCCUGACCGCUACAACAUUCCAGCCAGUGUAUUCCAGAUCCUGUAGGACCGGAGAGGCAGCUGAACACUAAUGCUUUGGCUGUGAAUCGUAAAACCGAUAACUAAUAUCUCGCGCUGCAGAAUAUCUUUACCCCACCCCAAAAAAGACGUUGUAAAACAUGCACGAGGUCGCUUUAUUUGAACGAUCGACUACUGUAAUUUCUGGAGUCCGAUGCUCCGGUGUCGUGUUGGUAGGAACACUGUAUGCAUGAGCUGUUUGAGUCAACGCACUACAUUCCAGGUUAUUGGUCGUGAUCUGUAAAAGUGCUCUGAGGCUCCAUUUUUAAGUGUGUAUGUGUGUCCUCAUUUUGUGCACAUUUUAGCAUCUUAAAAUAGCAGCACUGUGCUUCUGCUAUCAGUGUCCAGUUGUUUUUUUAUUUACUGUAUGUUUUCUCCUUGGCUGCUAAUGUAUUUGUGGAGAGUAAAAUGGCACAUAACCCUGGUGGCCCGGUGGAUCACCACGGCCCCAGAGACACACCCCUUUCCCGCCACGCCCAUGCACACAAGGCUGUUUUGACUCACUGGUUUUCCUAGCAACCGAACGGCUAAACAUUCCACCCGAGAUUAUGACAUUUUUUCACCACAACAUUCUCAAUUUAAACAGAAAACUUUCUGUUUUUGAACAAAAUAUUUGUUCGUUUGUUUGCUCGUUUUCCUUGAUUUCUGUUUUUUUAGUUUUUCGUUCGUUUCUUUACAAUUAAGUGGUUUCUUUUUAAAAAAUCAUUCCUAAAGUUAAAUCUUCUAUUUAACUUUAGGAAUGUAUUGAUACAUUUUAGAUGUCUGGGACAAAGUGCAACACUGAAUAGGUUUGUGUUUUAUUUAUUUACAUAUUUAUUUUUUCACGUUUUAUCGAUUCUAAAUAUUUGCACUAGGAUCUGGGGAAACCUAGUUACAAGUGGAAAAAGCUGCUUCAGAGGAAACUGUUAUUUACAAAUGAAUGUCUGGCUGCGUGUGGCCAAGUAGUAAAAAGUGGAAAUAGUUUUAAGUAAACAAAUAUAUAAAUAUAAAAGUUAUCUACGAAAAUAGCUUGUACAAACAUGCUUUUAGUUUAGUUUAUUUUAUAGUUUUUUGUUUUCUUUAUGUUACUGCUGAAAUAGUCAUAUAUAUGUAUUUGAUUUGAUAUAUGUGGUAUUUAUUAAAAUCAUAAUUGUUUUUCCGUCUGAUUUGCUGGACACCUUGUCAACUGUACGUAUCUAAAUGUUCAACCAAUGGUCUGAUGUGUAUUUAGUAUCGGCCUGAUCUGUCUGUUUGUGUGAAAAUGCAAACCCUAAAAUACACUGGCUGAUACUUCUGAAGGAACAGGUAGUUCUGUUAUGCUCAACGUUUUACUUUUGAAAGUUUAAUAAAUUAUUUUUAUUUGAAGAAAGUCA